GCUUUGAGGUUGCAGGGGCGGAAGGGGAGGUAGGUAAUGGAGGAAGUUGCACAUCUCUGAAGCUUCCUUGAGAGAAGAUUGCGAUCUCCCUUGCAGAGAGAAAAGUUGCUGCCCUUUCUCCCUGCCUUCUUUAGAGCCAGGUGGGUGCCAGUGCAUGUUAGGGACCAUGGCCGUGCCGCUGGGGCUGCUGCUGGCCCUGCUGGGCUGCACCGCGGCGCUGGACCUUGCCUUGGAGGAGGCGUGGGAAGGCUGGAAGAGCCUCUACGCCAAGGAGUACACGAGGGAGGCUGAGGCUGUCCGCAGGGAGGUCUGGGAGAAGAACCUGCGGCGCAUCGAGCAGCACAACCGCGAGGAGGCUCGGGGGCAGCACACGUUCCGCCUGGCCAUGAACCACUACGGGGACAUGACGGAUGAGGAGUUCAACCAGCUCCUGAACGGCUUCACCCCGGCGUGGCAGGAGGAGCCGGUGCUGCUCUUCCAGGCAUCGGCAGCUCUGAAGACGCCAGCAGAAGUGGACUGGCGGGCAAAGGGCUACGUGACGCCUGUGAAGAACCAGGGGCACUGCGGGUCGUGCUGGGCAUUCAGUGCCACGGGGGCCCUUGAGGGACUCGUCUUCAACCAGACGGGGAAGCUGGUGGUGCUGAGCGAACAGAACCUCAUCGACUGCUCUCGGAAGCUGGGCAACAACGGCUGCCACGGCGGCUACAUGACCCGCGCCUUCCAGUACGUGCAUGAGAACGGCGGCUUGAACUCGGAGCACAUCUACCCCUACCUGGCCACGGUAAGGGGCAGUGGGCAGGAGAGUGGGGACACGGGCAGAGCUGUGCCAGUGGGUCCCAGCCCCGGUGCCCCUCUCUCCCCGCUCUCAGGAUACCUCCAGCUGCAGAUACAACCCCCAGGACAGGGCGGCCAACUGCUCUGCCAUCUGGCUGGUGGCCAAGGGCAGCGAGGCGGCGCUGGAGCAGGCAGUGGCGACUGUGGGUCCUGUGUCUGUGGCAGUGGAUGCCAGUGGUUUCUUCUUCCACUUCUACAAGUCAGGUGUCUUCAGCAGCAUGUUUUGCAGCCAGCAGGUGAACCACGGGAUGUUAGCCGUGGGCUAUGGCACCAGCCAGGAGGGCGGGAAGAACGUGAGCUACUGGAUCCUAAAGAACAGCUGGUCGGAGGUGUGGGGUGAGCAGGGCUACAUCCGCCUGCUGAAGGGCGCCGACAACCACUGCGGGGUGGCCAGCCAGGCCAGCUUUCCUCUGCUGUGAGCAGGCUCCUGGGCCGGAGCGCAAGGAAGAAGGCAGCUCCCACCAGGUGUCUCGGUCCUGCCUGGCUGCAGGGACAGAGACGGUUCCUUCUUGAAGGGGCUUUUGUUUGUACAUGGGGAGAAGCAAUUAAAAGUGGCACGGCUGAUCA